AUGACUAAGAAUAAAAGCUUAUUAUUAACAUAUAUAUUUUCAUUGUUGGGUGGUUUUUUUGGUUUACAUCACCUUUAUUUGGGUCGUACUCAGCAUGCUUUAUUAUGGGUUACAACAUUCGGUGGAUUUGGUUUUGGCUUUGUUUAUGAAUUCUUAUUUUUAAUUAAAAAAUAUGUGCAUGAAGCAAACAAUGAUGAGUCUGUAAUCAAUGAAUUUAGACUCAAAAUGAUACGAAGAAAAACGCCAGCGUUUGAAAUUUCAAGAUUAUGUGCACAAUAUCUUACAGCCAUUUUUUAUGGUUUUAUUACUUAUUAUGCUUUUCCUGAUACAUGGCAUGCCAAUUAUUUCUUAUCAAGUAUUAUUCAAUGCUGUACGACUAUUGCCGUUGCCCUUGGUACGCAACUAGUGGGCACCCUUGGACCGCGUCAAUGUUCACUUAUUUGGCCGUUACUAGGUGCCGUAUUUGGUAUGCUCUUUUUAGCAUGGGUCAAUUAUUCGUCUCCAUCCUUUAGUUUACCUGCACUGCUGUCUUCUCUGGUUUUUGAAUUAAAAGUUCAAUGGAAUUCAGAAUAUUUUUAUAAUAUAACUGCAUCAAAACUAAUGGCACAUCAAUCGUUGAAUUCAUCAAAACAAAUAAAACGGAAACGAUCUCAUAUUCUUAAGCGUUGCCUUAUAUAUGGACUUGGCGCAAUUGCAUUUAGUACAAUCUUUAAUUUGGCGAUUUAUCAAAAUUUAGAAGUUCAUGUAAAUGGCCGACGUAUUAAAAUAAAAGAUUCUAUAGCUGAUUUUUUUAAAUCGAACGAAUUUUUACUGCUACGUCAACGACUUGUAAUGGUUGCAAGACAAUUAUGGGCAUUUUAUUUUCAAUAUGGUUUUAAAGAAACAUGGAGAUAUAUUUGGAGAGCGCUUGACUUGGAAAGUGAAAAACAAGCUUUUAAGGUACUUAAUAUCAGUAGGACUGCAUCUCAAAAAGAAAUCGAAUCUCAAUGUCGAACAUUAUCCCGUCAAUGGCAUCCAGAUAGAUAUCGAGAUCCCGAACAAAAACAUAAUGCUGGAAUGACAUUUAUGAAUAUUCAACAAGCUUGUGAUCGUUUAUCUUAUGAACGUAAACGUCGUCAGUUAAUCAAAACUCAAAAAUUUUCAGAUUCAAAUUAA